AUGUGUGCAUCAUGGAGUAGAGCUCGACAAAUCACUGAAGUUACAACCCAUGUACUACAACAAAUUCGAUACAAUCUUGAUCGAAUGCGACCUGAAGAUAUUACAUGGGAACCAUAUAAUGAGGAAUUGUUGGAUGAGCUGCCCGACAUGUGCAUACAGGGUCGUCCCAUAUGGAAGGCAGUGGUGCCAUUAAUUUGCUUCCAUAUUAUUGAAUGGCACCAGCCUGAUAGAGUGAUGAGGCAGUUUGGUUUGGCCCAACCUAUUCCACGACGACCGAUGCAAACAGAUGAGUUACAUGAGAUUACUCUCCGAUUUAGUGAGAGUAAUUGGGCGCACCACCAUGCGACGUACAUUAAUCGUUGGAAUAGGCGAGAACAUUACAUUGUUCAAGGGCAAGAAAUGGCACAACCACUCCACCAUCAUUCUGAAUAUAUGGAGUGGUAUCGUCGAGUUGCAAGACGUUGGAUCUCAAUAAGUGGAGCUGCCAUUGGUUGUGUGGAGGAUGCAAUUGAGGAUUGUUUGCUAAAAUUACAGAACCCAUCAACAGAAAAUGUGGCUGAAGUUAAACGUACAUUAAGAAAAAUGAUGAUUGCUCUAGAGGAAGAAAGUCGACUUUGCCAAAUGCCACCUCCUCAAUCCGCACCUCAAGCAACAACCUUUAAUGAUGAAUUAGAAGAGGACCAACCCAUCAACCAGCCUGAGCCCUCACAAAGAGUAGCACGACGCCGAUCACGUCCUGCUCGAAGUCGUCAACAUCCAGUGCGUCCAGCCUCUCCUCCCGAUGAUGCUUUGCCCCCACCUGUUGCAUUCCACCCUCAUCGCAUCACAUCACCGAUCAUUCUAAUCCUAUUCCCUCGGCUCCUGCACUAUCUAACCCUGCUCAUUACACUGGUUGGAUGGCUACCCCAUCAAUGCCUGGCCCAUCAGCACCAUGGAUGUCAUAUCAAACUCAAAUGCAAAACAGAAGCACAUUCGACUUUACUGAGAGUCAACAGCCGCAAACACCAUUCGGCGGCUUAUUUGCUCCAUUUGGCAGAGCAUCAAGCAUUGGGCCAUCACGAUAUCGCCAGUCAAUUUAGUGGAUAUGGGUCAGAACAAUACUUUGAACCAUAUACUUCUUGUGCCUUAGGCAAUAUUCCAUCUGCGGGUCUAUUUGGAUACCAUGAACAAAGUGCUGUGCAUUAUACUGCAGGGGGAGAAUCAUCGGGACAACAUCAAGGGCAAGCUAGCCAACCCAAAGAUGCACAAGGUCAUCCAGCAGAACAUCAAGAAGGGGGAGAACAUCGAGUUCUUCGACCGAGACGACAUAUACGAAGACCUGGUUGUGGCACAUGA